CGACGACGCUCCAUUAAUGGAUUCGAUGUACUCUGGCGUCACUCUCGACGACACCAUAUCGCUCACCGAAUCAGAAUGGCUCUCCAUGAACAAAAGAUUCACGAGGAUGGUCGAAAAGCCCGACGUCUUAAACUUGGACUUUUUAGCCCAUCAAAUCCUGGGCGACCACAUCCUCCCCGGAAGAGGCCUCUUCUGCCAAGCCCUCAUCCAAUCGCAGUCCAAACACCCCGACUCCAGCGACGUCUACACCGCGCUGGCCGCUCUGAUCAACUCCAGGCGCCCUCAGGUCGGCCACCUCCUCGUCAAACGAGCCGCGCUUCAGUUCAAGGCCGCCUACCACUGCGGCGACGAGACGCAGAUGCACACCUCGUCCAGCUCGUGAACCAGAGGAUCGCCAACGAGGCUCUGGCGCUGGACGUGCUGGUGCUCCUGUUGGACCAUCCGAGCUCGGACAAUGUGGGGGUCGCGGCGAGGUUCUGCAGGCAGUGCGGGCUUCUGCUGCUGGAGGAGACGCCGGGUGAGCUGAGGGAGAUGCUUGCUGAGUUUCGCGGCCUGCUGAGGAAGGGCGAGCUGGAGCCGAUGCCUCGCCUAUUGAUCGGGAGGCUGUUUGCUGCGUACAGAGUGGCGUUUAGGGAGUCUGGGAGAGGGUUGAGAGUUGUGGAUGAUGAAGAGCAGAUCACGCACCGUGUGAGUCUGUUGGAGCAUAUUGAUCCGGAGACCAGUCUUGAUGCAUUUCACACCAAUCCACAUCUUUUGGAGGAAGAUGAGGUUAAUUCAAAUCCAUUUUGAGACUACAGGCAGAGAGAACUGCAACCAUGGUAGCUUCAUCGGGCCUCACCUCAGCCUUCGACAAUUGCCUGAAGAGAACUAUGGCCUCAUUCAGCCUUCCAUGUUAAGCCUCACCAUCUAUUUUUGACGUUCCAACUAACCAAGUUCCUCUAAACCAUCGAGUCAAAGAGUCCACGAGCCAAGACAAUGUCGCAGCCUCUUUCGUAAAUAUCAAUGAGAGCAGCCCUAUCAUAAUCAUCCGAUACAGGCCCAGAUUCGUGAGCAUGGCAAUGCAGGGCUUUUCCAGUUUCCAGUGUGCAGGCUUUGACGGCAGUAGCCAGCAUAAAUGCAUUAGGCUCUAAUUAUUCAAUUAGCAUUUGUACAUAAAAAUUAAGAGCUUGUUCAUAUAUUAGAGACUGUGUAAAAGAAAACA